AUGAGGAAAUAUGACUUCCAACAAAGCAAUUCAGACCAUACACUAUUUAUGAAGCACCAACGAGGGAGGGUGACAGAUCUAAUAAUAUACGUGAAUGAUAUGAUUAUCACAGGGAAUGAUUCAGGAGAAAUAGCAACACUGCAAAAGCAAUUGACAACUGAGUUUGAAAUGAAGAACUUAGGCGGGCUCAAGUAUUUUCUUGGAAUUGAAGUUGCUAGGUCAAGGGAAGGUAUAUUUCUGUCUCAACGAAAAUACACCUUAGAUUUGCUCUUCGAAGUGGGACAGUUAGAGUGCAAGCCGGCAGACACACCAAUUGUUCAAAACCAUAAACUUGGAGAAUACCCAAACCAAGUGCCUAUCAAUAAGGAGAGAUAUCAAAGGCUAGUUGGUAAACUUAUUUACCUCUCACAUACUCGUCUAGACAUCGCCUACGUUGUCAGCGUAGUAAGUCAGUUCAUGCAUUGCCCAAGCGAAGAUCACAUGAAUGCUGUAAUGCGAAUUCUUCGAUACUUGAAGUCCUCUCCUGGAAAAGGACUUAUGUUCUCAAAAAAUAAUCAUCUAAAGAUAGAAGGCUAUACAGAUGCAGAUUGGGCCAGAAAUAUCUCAGAUAGAAAAUCCACCUCGGGGUACUUUACAUUUGUCGGUGGGAAUCUGGUCACGUGGAGGAGUAAAAAACAAAAGGUGGUGUUCCUAUCAAGUGUUGAAGCUGAGUUUCGAGGAAUAGCUAAAGGGCUUUGCGAGCUACUCUGGCUUAGAAGAUUGAUGACUGAAAUUGGUUUCCCCCCCAACCUCUGA